AUGGCUACUCCUUUAGUCAUGUCCACAUCCUCCUCAGUCAUGUUCAUGAUCUUGAUGAGCAAUUUCAUGAUGAUCAAUGUCUGUUUCUCUGAACCUACUUGCCAUCCAACCUAUCCACCAAAUGCAGUUCCAGUAGCUGAUGAAGAUGUGGACUUGUUGCAAUUUGCUGAGAAUCUUGAGCACUUAGAAGCAGACUUCUUCUUGUAUGGUGCACUGGGAUAUGGACUUGAUGUGGUUGCUCCGCAGCUGGUCAUGGGCGGUCCGCCUCCCAUCGGGGCCAAGAAAGCUAACCUUGAUUUCCUCACGCGGAACAUCAUCACAGAAUUCGCAUAUCAAGAAGUCGGUCAUCUCAGGGCCAUAAAAUCAACAGUUGGUGGAUUUCCAAGACCUCUGAUGAAUAUGAGCGCACCGAACUUUGCAAAACUGUUUGAUGAAGCAUUUGGAUACAAACUUGUCCCUCCCUUCGACCCAUAUGGUGACAGCCUGAGUUACAUGUUAGCUUCUUAUGUGAUUCCAUACAUGGGACUCGUAGGUUAUGUUGGAGCAAAUCCAUCUAUCAAUGGCUUCAAAUCGAAGAGGCUCUUGGCAGGACUGUUGGGGGUUGAAUCCGGCCAAGACGCGGUUAUACGAAUGUAUCUGUACGAGCGAGCUAAUGAAAGAGUGAAGCCAUACAGCAAGACGGUAGCAGAGUUUACAAUCCGAAUUUCGGAGCUGAGGAAUAAACUGGCAAUGUGUGGCAUCAAAGAUGAAGGAAUCACAGUCCCACCGGAACUCGGGGCUGAGAGCCGAACCACAAGCAAUGUUUUGUCAGCCAACACUGACUCCCUCUCUUACAGCAGAAUGCCAGGAGAGAUACUGAGGGUCCUGUAUGACUCCGGCGACGAGAGUGUGCCCGGUGGAUUCUAUCCCCUCGGAGCAAAUGGAAAGAUUGCUAGAGAAUUUCUGAAGUAG